AUUAAUUGCCCGUUGCUCGUUAAUAUUGCACCAUUUGUAUUUCUCAAUACUCAGUUUUGAACAAUGUGAAAAAAUUAUUGUAUUUGUUAAACAAAAAAUGUUUCGACAUGAACAAUUAAAGACACAAGUAAAAGCUGGGACGGAUCAUAAACAUGUAGCAAUGGCAUUUUAAUAGUUCUCUUUAUGACUCUUACAUAGAGCUGCCAAAACCUUUCGUAAAAAGUAGAUACACUUUGCUGAAACAUCUUAGCUGUUUCUAAGCGACGUUCAUAAGCAUGAGUCAGACUGAGAUGAAUCUUAUGUGUGCAUGUUAAGUACAAGAUUUAAUGGAACAAAACGAUAACCUUCUCCUUGAAAGAGUUAAGAUAUUCAAAAUGAAAAAGAGCAGAAUUCGUUGAAGAUGUUUUGUGGGUCACAAUUCAGCAAAUAUGCCACGUGGAAAAGUUCGGUUACUCUUUGUCACAGAUAACAGUUAACGGUUUUACUGUGGAUUCUAGCAAUUAAGAGUCAAUGCUUUGAACAUUACGCUAUGCAAUAUUUUAUUCCAGGGUAUUUGAAAAAGAAAACGACUUUCCAAACCAAGAAUUAAACUAGACUGCGGUAUUUUAAACACUUCAGCAAAGAAAGAAAACCAAAGUGGAACAAUUUUACAGAAAGGCCCAGUAUGAGAUACAAAUCAACACAGUCUGCCCGCCUAAUUCAACCAUAAAACGAACAAAAAUACUUUAGCUUAAAGAAACUGCACUGGCAUUCUAGAAACACCGGCAAGUAAUAUUCAAUUUAACAUAAAUUGUUCGCAGACACUGCGUUUUUUAUAUUGAAGCUGCAAAAUGUAAAAAAAAAAAAUAGAAAAAAAAUGCUUUCAAACAUUAGGGAAUCGUGUGCCUCCAAUUUAUUUACUUUUUUCGGAGCCAUGUGGCUCAUAUUUACUUCUUAAUAAAAUUGGCUUCCAUGCCCAUUCAAGUCAAAGUUGUAUCACAGGAUUUGUUAACGCAGGAUCCGAUUCGUGAGGGGUACCGACACAAAACUAGAGUCUGCCUUGCUUUUUCAAAGACGUGAAGUAAACCUGUGUUAAAUUAAUGUCCUAUUUCCUUACACAAAUAUUCUUGAAAGAGUGGAGUGAGUCGUCACUCCCCGCAGCAUGCCUAAGUACUGCCUCUCAGAAUCACUGCUUGUUUGUUGCGCCUUGGGUUUAAAUCUUACUCCUCAGGGACCAGCGGCACGCCAGGCAGAGGCUGUGGCCAAGGCAUUCUUUAAUGUAAAACAGAUUCCAUAAUCUCGUACAUCAGGGGAAAAUGAUUACAGAUCUUGGUUUGACAGAUAAAGUUCAACUGUGCCUCGUCAGUCCUGCCAACAAAAACAGCAUUGAAAGUCUAUGGCUCCAUUUAUAAGAUGCACGUCUGCCAAGAAGCUUGUUUCAAGGGUCACAGAGCAAGGGACAGUCUUGAACUGCCAAUCAAGCCAAAGGAGCUUAACUGUGGGAAGUGGGAGGAAACAGAAACACCGGAAGAGCACAGAAAGAAGAGCACAGUCCACACAGAAGGCAAUCCAGGACAUUGCUCGCUCCUCCAAGCCACAGACAUGUCCGAGGGCAGCCCUCCCCCGGCCCUCUCCGGCGAGGCCUUGUCGCACAGGCUGAGGGAGCUGGAGGAGGAGCUGGGCAGGCUGAGAGCCCAGCUGGCGGAGAGGGGGCCAGAGGGCGACGGGGCGAAGGGGGCGGGCCCCCCGCAGGGCGACGGGCGAGCCGAGGAGACCCCGGGGCAGGCGGGAGACGGCGCCGGGAAGACGAGGAAGAAGGGGAGGGCCUUCGAUUUCGCAGCUCACCCCCGGCGGCACGUGGCUCUGCGGCUUGCCUACCUGGGCUGGGGUUACCAUGGCUACGCGUGCCAGGAGAACACGGACAACACUGUGGAGGCCCGGCUGUUCGAGGCCCUGGUGAAGACCCGCCUGAUCAGGGACCGGCAGAGCUCCAGUUACCACCGCUGUGGGCGAACGGACAAAGGCGUGAGCGCUUUCUCUCAGGUGAUCUCCAUCGAUCUGCGCUCUACACAGUUCUGUGGGGGGUUGGGGGUGAUCCCACCAGUCCAGGGCGCUGUCCCGAACACCAAGGACACUUCGAGCUCAGCAGAGUUGCCCUACGUCAAGAUCCUGAACCGGGUGCUGCCCCAGGACAUCCGGGUGCUAGACUGGGCGCCGGUGGAGACGGGUUUCAGCGCUCGCUUCGACUGCCAGUCCAGGACGUACCGCUACUAUUUUCCCCGCGGAGACCUGGAUGUCGAGCUGAUGGCGGCAGCGGCCAAACGCUAUGAAGGCACGCAUGACUUCAGGAACCUGUGUAAGAUGGAUGUGGGCAAUGGGGUUCUUCAAUUCCAGAGAACUAUCCUGUCGGCCACCGUCCGACCUGCCCAGCCACACCACCACAUGUCCUCUGACCCGUAUGGCCUCUACGUGUUCGAGGUUAAAGGACUGGCCUUCCUCUAUCAUCAGGUCCGUUGUAUGAUGGCCAUCCUUUUCCUCAUUGGACAGAAACUGGAAACCCCAGAUGUCAUUGACCAGUUAUUAGAUGUUCAGAACAAUCCCAGAAAACCCCAGUACAGCAUGGCGAUAGACUACCCCCUGGUUCUGUAUGACUGCCACUUUGAGGGACUGAGCUGGCAGGGUGAGAGCGAUGAUCUCGCCCACUCGGUGCUCUCCAACCUGCAGCAGCACUGGACGCAGAUGGCUGUCAGGACACAGCUUAUCCAUGACAUGAUCCAGGGCCUGCAAGAGAGAGGAGAGACUUCCUUUCAAUCUUGUUGGCUCCUGGAAGGCUCCCGACAACGGAACUACCGCCCCCUGCUGGACAGGCCUCGCUGUGAGAGUCUGGAGUCCAGGAUAGAGCAUUUUGUGAAGAGAGGCCGCCUGGAGCGAGGGGAAUGUCAGAAUGGAGAGGAAGUGCUGCAGAGAGGCAAGAGACCCAAACAUCAGCACAGCCUGGAGCAGCCCAACUGAAUCAUCUCUCCAUUCCUGUAGAAGAAUAAUGGAAAUGAAGGGACACUGAGAAAAUGAACUCAGAGACGACUUUGUUUUAAUUUUCUUUUCUUUUUUUUAAUGACUGGAUUUAUUUUUAAAGCUAAGAGAUGCGUCUGCUAUAAGGCCCCGUUGAGUCACAGAUGGAGCAAGGAACUCAUCUCAUUAUGGUAAUGAUGAGGAUACUACUCCAUUUAAAAAAUAAAUUGUAGAAUCUGAAAUGGAUUUCUGAUUUCAGCAGGCAGGAAAAGUGAAAUGGACUUUCAAAAUAAACUGGUGUAAAACAAGGGA